AUGGGGGAGCAUUUGAAGGAUGAAGGACCUCCUGAUAUUAAGGGUCGAGCAUCCAUAUUCAAAGUGCAUCUCCGGCCACUCAAACUGGAACCAAAUCUGGACCGUGAUGCCAUUGCAAGGAGGAUGGCAGCUGCUACACCUGGGUUCACUGGUGCUGAUAUUGCAAAUGUCUGUAAUGAAGCAGCUCUCAUUGCUGCUAGACAUCUGAAUGAAUUCAUCAAUGUUAAGCACUUUGAGCAGGCCAUCGACAGAGUCAUCGGAGGUCUGGAGAAGAAGACUCAGGUUUUACAACCCACUGAGAAAAAGACUGUAGCCUAUCAUGAAGCAGGGCAUGCUGUAGUGGGCUGGUUUCUCCAACAUGCUGACCCAUUGCUCAAGGUUUCCAUAAUUCCAAGAGGGAAAGGCUUGGGCUAUGCCCAGUAUCUUCCAAAAGAGCAGUAUUUAUAUACACGGGAGCAGCUAUUCGACAGGAUGUGCAUGAUGCUUGGUGGGCACGUGGCAGAGCAGGUGUUUUUUGGCUGGAUCACGACUGGGGCUCAUGACGACCUUAAGAAGGUCACACAGUCAGCAUAUGCUCAGAUUGUUCAGUUUGGUAUGAGUGAGAAAGUGGGGCAGGUGUCAUUUGACCUGCCCCGGCAGGGUGAGAUGGUUCUGGAGAAGCCCUACAGCGAGGCUAUGGCAGAACUCAUUGAUGCAGAGGUCAGAGAUCUGGUCGACCGGGCCUUCAAGAGAACACUGAAACUCAUCACUGAGAAACACGAGCAGGUGGAAAUGGUUGGCAAGCGCUUGCUGGAAAAAGAAGUUCUAGACAAAGCUGAUAUGAUAGAGUUGCUGGGGCCCAGGCCAUCUGAGGAGAAUAGUCACAUGGAGAAGACUGAAAGUAACUCUGUCCCAAAGAGGCGUCCCAAAAAUCCUAGUUGGAUGAAGUCUGUUCCAUCUUGA